CACCACAGCCUUGAUGAUGGUGAAGCCUGCCCUCCACUCUGCAGCACUGCUGUUUCUGCUGUUGCUGUGUCCUGGGACUCUGACUGCAGAUAAUGAUGUUGCUACCAUUGAGGUGCAGGUGAAAAACAGUCUACUAAGCACCCCACCGCUGAUCUACUCCACUUCUGUGGCAUUCAGAGGGAUUCUACUGGGUGCAAUGAAUCGACUCAUGAACUCCAACGCAGACUUUAAGUUUACCUACACACAGGAUCCAAACUAUGGCCCAUACCUGGAGAGUGUGAAUGGUUUGGCUGGAAGUCAAAAAGACCACACAUACUGGGAGUUAUUGGUCCAAUUACCAAAUAAGACAAUCAUAAGACCAGAUGUUGGCAUUGGGUGUUACAUUCCCGGAAAAAACGAGAAAAUCAUUCUGAACUUUACAAAGUGGUGAAGAUUCAGCAACUAAUGAGCAUCAACACGGGAUCAGAGCCAGCGCUGGAGUUGUCUGUAUAUGUCUGUAUUUCAUAGGUGGACAAAUAAACAACGUUCAUGUAUGAUUAGUAUCGACUGUUGAGUGACAAAAACAUCUGAAUAAAGGAUCCUACUUA